CUCUUAUACUCACUAGAUGGAUAGACCAUGUCUGCCGCCUGUAGCAGGGCAAGUAGUCACACCCCCCUUGUGACCCGGGCCAUGCCCCCUACCCUUCUGCCAAGCCAGACAUUUGAUGCUGUGCCAGAGAACUAUGACAUUGAUAGUGAACUGCCAGAGGCCAAUGGGUAUGAGGAUGGGGAAGAAGCUGAACCGGAACUGUACUGCUUUGAGGACUUCAUUUCAUAUAACCUACAGCCACCUCAACCUGCUGCCCUGGAGAGGACUGUUAGUGUGAAUCCUGAAAGUUACAGCUCAUUGUCAAGGCGGAGAAGCCGGGAGCUUCAGCGUUCAAAGACCUUACCAAUUAUCCGAUUACCUGGUGGCAAUAAUGACGAUAUGGUGCUCGACUUGGGAGACAGAUGUAAUGAUGACAUUCGAUGGAUGUCACAGAGUCCAGUCAGUUCAGAAUAUUCUGGAUCUUGUGGGAGUGAAGAUGCAGGGAGGAGAAGAAAGAGUUCAGCUAAACACCAGAGACAGAAGAGAGGCAGUAACAACAAGGGAUGCAACUCUAACAGCUCUGCGUGGAACUUUGACGAUGACACGGAUUCCACCACGUCGUCAGAGACUAUGACCAGUGUGUCAGACGAUGGCUCUGUAACUCCUAAAUCCUCCCAGCUCUACUAUACCACACCACCGAAGGCAAAUAUGGUCAGAAAUCAAGAUGAGAAGAGAUUGGAAGGACCAGGUUCCUCUCUAUACAGAAUCCCUAGAAGACUUAGUCAGAAGGAUAAAAUUCGGGAAGAUUUGCUACAUGAGAGACAGAGAUCAGUCAGCUUAGAUUGCGGAGAUGGAAGAACAAUCAAAGUAUUUAUGUCAAAUGCGGAGGGACUUCUAGUGGACGAUGCACCCGGAUUACACCAUACAAACACCGCACCUGUUCAAUUGCGAAGCAUGAAUGGCCUCAGUUCUCCAAAUCGAUCAUCUAAGAUACUUACAACUACACCAAAGAAAAGGGGUUCAACCAGUAAUUCCUCAAACAGUGAUCCUGAUAGUUUGUCACCAAAUAAAAUGUACGAUAAGAGAAAAUCUGACAAGGACAAGAAGUCUCCUAUAGAUGCUAGUGCUUUGUUUGACGCUGUAGAACAACAGGAUCUGGACCUGGUGAAGAAUCUCCUUGAAGUGGAUGGCCUCAACAUUAACAGUGUUAACUCUGAAGGAUUGACUCCCUUAGAUGUAGCAGUGAUGACUAACAAUAUUCCAAUGGCUAAGAUGCUGCUUUUUAACGGGGCAAGAGAGAGUCCAUUGUUUUUACAGGAGGAGGCACGAUCAGACCGGUUAGAUGCCCUAGUGUCCAAUGCAGAGAAGAGGGUGGUGGAUCUAUCGGCGGCUAUUCUAAAUGCCUCCUCUGGAAGUGGCUCCAACACGCAACAGAAGGAAAAUGAAAAACAAUUAAGUCACUGGGAAUUUCGACACAAACUCUUAAAGAGAAUGAAAGCUGGAUAUGACCAUGCACGUACCCCAGACCCUCCCAGUUAUGUGAGCCUGACUGUGGCCAGUAGCUCCUCCUUAUUGGUCAAGUUUGAUGAACCCCUCAAUCACAAUGGGGCAGUGGUCACUCGAUACAAAGUGGAGUGGAGCUGCUUCGAUGACUUCAUUCCUUUGGCUGGGGAAGACCUUGUGGAGGACAUGAGACACUUAGAACAUGAGAUUAAGGGUCUGGUUAAGGGCAACAAGUACUAUGUCAGGGUAGCGGCCUGUAACAUGAAAGGAUACAGCGAGUACAGUGUAGCCAAACCAGCUUAUGCUGUUCCAUCUAGCUGGAGAGAUGUGGACAAUUCAACAGUUUCCAGAACAGAAGGAAAGCUAAAGUUGUUGGAUGAACUUUUCUCUCAAGUAAAACACCUGCGGCCAGCUGAUGCCUCAGAAUUAAAAGACAAUGUUGGCGAUUCACCACUGCAAAGAAAACGAAAAAGUUUGAAAAACCUGUUUACCUCUGCCCCAAAAUUCUACAAAUCUUUGAAAAGGGGUGUCUAUCUUGCCUGUUUGUUGUAUCAUGGUGACAAAGUAUUGGUGACCUCAGAUGACCAACUUCCUGUUGUUGAGGUUGAUGAAAAUUUUUCUGGACCUUCAGUGAAUGCAGAUCUUCACUGGCUGAUGAAGAUAUCUUGUACGUGGGAUGAUGUGAAAUCUCUGCGACAAGAUAUGGAGAAGAAUACCAGUGCAGGCACCAUGCAUUUUAGAUAUAAACUUCUACAAGCAGUCUCUGUAUUACAGGGAGCAUUAGGAAUAUAUGAUUUAGGCCAGUUUCACUUCAAGCCUCUAAAAGACUCCAAUGGCUGUAUAGUAUUAACCACAGUUUGUAACAUAAGGGAUCCCAAGUCAGUAAUCCUAGGCUCAUCCAAGUGGGUCAGCUUUGCAAAGUUACUGAGGCGAUCUUCAGGCACGGGAUCAGAGCCCCAGGAGUCCCUAGAAGUCCUAGUCAGUUCUGUUUCCGAGAUGAUUCUGUAUCAUCAAGUGAGCAACAUUCGUCUUGCAAAAGGCUUAUACCUCGGCUACCUCAAACUUCAAGCUUCUUUAGAACUUAACAGGGUGUUGGUACCCAAGAAGGCACCAAACAUCCUCCCCAACAUCAAAGUGAGAGAUUGCUCCAAUGUUUCCAGGGAGGAGUGGCAAUGGCUUCAGUCACUGAAUACCGACCAACAAGUGGCUCCACCUACCCAGACACAGGAGGAAUUCCGUAAACAGCUCAAACAGGCUGCCCAGAAACUCUUCAACAUUCUAGACAUAUCAGAGAAUUUCGCUGCUAGUCACAGAAUCUACGAUGUGGAGGUGAUAGAAUUCAGUAAUGAUGUGUCGUUCCUCCUGAUUCUCCCCCCAGUGGAGGAGGUUUGUCUGGUUCCUGGACAAAAUGACAGCAUGACAGAGAAAAAGGAUCUCACUCUGCUCCCAGUCCAGGUCUUUGAAAUGAUCCACAUGUGUACAUACCAGCCACAGCUCAUCAACAGAUACUCAAGACUUUCCUCAAUACUGGAUAUGGAUCUCUGUCUUGCCCAACAAGUUCAGCGUGAGGCCUUUUCAACAGAGGAGCUCACACCAGCAAGAGAGAGAGUGGAGAAAUUGUCCAACAUAAUGACCACACUGGACAAGAGCUGGAAGUCCACUCGAUGGAUAAUGGACAUUAUUACUUAUGCAAGAGACAAGAGUAUGAGAGGAGGCAUUCUGAUGAGUGAAGUUACUUCACCACCCAAAGAUGUGUUCAGUACUGAGCUAGAAAGUCCUAGCCAAGUCGAUCUGUUUGAUAAUAACAACUCACAGUCUGGCUGUCCUUCUGUGGCUUGUGAUUCAAAUGAAAUCAGUGUUGGAAAAGACAACAUAAAAAUUGCCAAAUUCUAUGAUCCAAACGAGGAGGUGCCAAAGACAAAUGGACACGUUAAAAAGGAGACAGCUGAGAGUGAGCCUAGUGCAGUAAGCUCGGGUAUUUUACAAGUGUACGCUGCCUACGAGACGGGGUUGUCUCGAGGCACCAGGGUAAGGUUACAUGUGACUGAGAAAACAACAUCUAGAGAAGUGAUAAAUCUAGUGGUAAGACAGCUAAAUAAAACCUUGACUCAGAAAGGACACUCAGAACCUCUAUAUGGGGAGGAUCAGUUGGAGGAGUUUUGUCUGGUGGCAGUAAUCGGUGCUCGGGAGAGAAUUCUGAGGGACGACUAUCAGCCCCUUCAACUUCAAAAUCCCUGGACUAAAGGUCGGCUCUAUGUCAGGAUGAAGAGUAAUUUGUUGGCUGCUAUCCAGCAGGGUCACGCCACAGAAGUAUAAAUGGACAGUGCUUUAUAGUUGACCUACAAUCAGUGGACACUAAGCUUUAUUGUCAUCCAAUCAUUCCUCCCCGCCUGAUUGUUGGGUCAUUUUUCUUUUUCCAUUCCAAUCUUUAAGUCAAUUUGUCCAUUUUGUGUCCAUUUUCAUACAAUUUCAGUGAAGAAUUACUAGUCAGUAUAAACAUCGGGUAAAUCAUUAAUUAAUAUAUUUCACUAAUUUAUUAAUUUAAUUUUUUUCUUUAUACAAAUU